CCACCAUCCAUUGAGGGGCGGGGCUCCGGCCGUGACGCAGCACGCUCACAUACGUUGACGGUCACUGGGAAACAUGUCGGCUUCUGAGACAACGACAAAGGAGCACCAUGAAAAUGACGAGUCAAAAACAUCAGAGGAGUCAUUAGCUGGGUCAAGUCAAACAAAGGAAGAUAAUGCAGCCUCCACCUCAUCUGCUGCUGCCACCAAGACGGAGCCCAUGGGUGUUAUGUCAUCACUGUUGUCGUCCCAGCAGCCCGGGAAGGAUGCUUCCACAGUCAGAGAGGAAGGAGAACAAUGGUCCCCUGCUGCCUCCCCCCAGAACAAACCUGCUGCUACAGGUCACACAGCAAAUUCCCUUCUUUCGACAACCUCGUCGUCAUUGUCGUCGUCUCCUUCCACGUCCUCGACUUUGUCUCCUGGCCGAGCAAAGAUGAGCGUUUCAGGGCCUGGUAGCAGUAAAUCUGUCCUUCCACCUGGUCCUCCAUCCUCCUCCUCUUCUUCCUCUACAACAGCUGCUUCUUCUCCAUCUGUUUCCCCUGCACCACCCAAGAUCCAUCGGGCGCGAAAGACCAUGAACAGGCCUCCACCAGGGCAGAUCAGUCAAAUUGAGGGACCUGUUGCAUCUGUGACUCCUUCAGGAUCCUCAGCCAGCUUUUCUUCUCACUCUGAACCUGUUGCAAAGAGGAGGAGGCUGGAUCCUUUAUCAGACAGCACACCUGAGAGAUCUGAAAAUGUUUCCGAUAACACUCAUACUGAGGAAGGAAGCUCAUUCCAUAAAAAAGCAGAGUCUGAAAUUGCACCCGGAAAGAGCAUCAGCUCCGUGGGGAAGUCCGCGGAGGAAGUAGCCGAGAGAAUUCAGAUUUCUAGUCCGUCCAGGCGAGAUUCUGAAAAGUUUGAAGAUGGUGAAGAAGAAACAAGACAGCAAGCUAAAGACACAGAGAGGCCAGUAAACACCUCGGAUCACAGUUCAGAGCCUAAAACACAGAGAGUGGUCAGAGAGAGCGAAGAGUCUUCGUGGCCACUGUCCGAUCAGGACAAAGAGAGAAACGCGGCUGAUGUCGUGGAGACAGAGGGAGGAAGGUCUGCAGAGUACACAGAGGUUCCCUUGGGUGCUCUGGACAUCGCUGCUGCUGACAGUCUGACACUUUCUCCUCAUCCGGAUGGAAGUGAUGCAGGAGACACGGAGCGGCUGGAAGAGCUUCCCCUGUGCAGCUGCAGGAUGGAGGCUCCUCGGGUGGACAGCACCAGCCACCGUGUCAGCAGACAGUGCAUGGCCACUGAGAGCAUCGAUGGAGAGCUGCGAGCUUGCACCAAUCGGACUAUUAAGGGGGAGACCAUGAGGCCGUCCAGUCGGGUUCCCCUGAUGGUGCUUUGUGACGUCCAUCGCUCACACAUGGUCAAACACCACUGCUGUCCCGGCUGUGGAUAUUUCUGUAUAGCGGGCACAUUUCUUGAGUGCUGCCCAGAUCAGCGCAUAGCUCACCGUUUCCACCGGGGGUGUGUGACGGUGCUGGGCGGCGGGCGCAGCAGAGCAAAUGGCGGAGGCAUGCUUUUCUGUCCCCAUUGUGGCGAAGAUGCCUCCGAGGCGCAGGAGGUCACUAUCCGGUCGUUCGGCACGGCCUCCGCAACUACGGUCGUCACCAUGUCUGCUUCCUCCACCACCACACCGUCUCUGCCACCAUCUGUCCCCACGGGACCCUCUCUCACAGCCUCCACAGGUGGGAUGAAGGAUGGGAAGAUGCCCGAAAGACCUGUCAGUGCUCGUAUGCGUAGUCACGGCUUGGUAACACCUGCAGUAGAGCAGCAGCAGCCUCCUCAACCUGUAGCUUCAGCUGCAACUGCGACCACCGUCCCCCCAGCAGAGGAGGGCGUGGACAGCGUAGGACCUUCGCUCUGCAUGCCAAAUGGGAAGCCAGUCAGCCCAAGUGCACUUCCACCUGGGCCCAGUAGGGCGGCGCUGCAGAAAGCCAUUCUCACGCAGGACACAGAGAGGAGGAAGAAACUGAGGUUCCACCCUCGUCAGCUCUACCCUGCCGCCAAGCAAGGAGAGGUGCAGAGAGUCCUGCUCAUGCUCAUGGAGGGUAUCGAUCCAACGUACCAGCCGGACUCUCAGAACAGGCGCUCCGCUCUUCACGCUGCAGCUCAGAGAGGUCUGCUGGAAGUCUGCUACAUGCUGAUACAGGCUGGUGCUCAAGUUGAUGCCCAGGACAAGGACCUGAGGACUCCUCUGUUGGAGGCUAUCAUCAACAAUCACAUUGAGGUGGCUCGCUACCUGGUCCAGAAUGGCGCCUGCGUCUAUCACGUUGAGGAGGAUGGAUAUACUGGCCUCCACCAUGCUGCCAAGCUGGGAAACCUUGAGACUGUCAACAUGCUUCUGGAGACGGGGCAGGUUGAUGUGAAUGCACAGGACAGCGGGGGCUGGACGCCAAUCAUCUGGGCCGCAGAGCACAAACACGUCAAUGUGAUCAAAGCGCUGCUGAACAGAGGAGCUGACGUCACCAUCAAUGAUAAGUCACGUCUUUCCCAUCAGGAGCUGAAUGUUUGUCUCCACUGGGCGGCGUAUGCAGGAAAUGUGGAUAUAGCAGAGCUGGUGUUGAACGCCGGCUGCUCCCUCUCCUCUGUUAACGUACACGGAGACACACCACUCCACAUCGCUGCCAGAGAGGGCUACUUGGAAUGUGUUACGUUGUUCCUGUCCAGAGGUGCAGACAUAGACAUCAUGAACAGGGAGGGAGACACACCUCUUACAUUGGCGCGAACUGACACACCAGUGUGGGUGUCACUCCAAAUCAACAGGAAACUGCGAAGGGGAAUAACCAAUCGCAUGCUUCGGACGGAAAGAAUCAUCUGCAGUGACAUCGCACAGGGCUACGAGAAUGUUCCAAUCCCCUGCGUGAAUUCGGUGGAUGAUGAAGGAUGUCCAUCGGAUUACAAAUACGUUUCAGAAAACUGUGAAACUUCAGCAAUGAACAUAGACCGCAAUAUCACACACUUACAGCACUGUAGUUGCACUGAUGACUGCUCAUCUAGCAACUGCCUCUGUGGACAGCUCAGCAUCCGCUGCUGGUAUGACAAGGAUCAACGGCUGCUUCAGGAGUUCAACAAAAUCGAACCUCCACUAAUUUUCGAAUGCAACAUGGCUUGCUCUUGUUAUCGAACGUGCAAGAACAGGGUGGUCCAGGCAGGGAUCAAAGUUCGUUUGCAGCUGUACAGGACAGAGAAGAUGGGCUGGGGAGUUCGAGCUCUGCAAGACAUUCCACAGGGAAGCUUCAUCUGCGAAUAUGUUGGAGAGCUGAUCUCAGAUGCAGAAGCAGAUGUUAGAGAGGAUGACUCCUACCUGUUUGACCUGGACAACAAGGAUGGGGAGGUGUAUUGCAUCGAUGCCCGGUAUUACGGCAACAUCAGCCGCUUCAUCAACCACCUGUGUGACCCAAACCUCAUCCCAGUACGUGUGUUCAUGCUCCAUCAGGACCUGCGAUUUCCGCGCAUUGCCUUCUUUAGCUCCAGAGACAUCCUCAGUGGGCAGGAGCUGGGGUUUGACUACGGAGAUCGGUUUUGGGACAUUAAGAGCAAAUAUUUCACCUGUCAGUGCGGCUCGGAGAAAUGCAAACAUUCUGCCGAAGCUAUCGCCUUGGAGCAGAGCCGGCUAGCUCGGCUGGAGGCCGGCCCAGAAUCAGGAGCUGACUGUGGGCUGACCAUGCUAGGGAACUCUUAAACAAACAAAAAAAAAAGACACUUACCCAUGGGGCCUUUGGAUUAACCCCUUCUGUUGCAUACACUAGUAAUGGAAAUACAUCAUAGCGGGGCUACAUCUUCAUUCAUCAUUCAGUUUUAUAUCUAAGGUGCUGUGUGUUUUUCUACUUGAACUGCAAUUUCUUUUCCUGAAGCUGUCAACAGCCACUUUAUCUUGUCGAGGAUUUGGGCCGGAAGAUUUUUUUUUACCAUGUAGGAGUUUGGAGAAAGAAAUGACAGAGGUCUUGUAAUUCUUUACGCACAGUAUUUUAACUGUAAAUCAUAAUGUACUCAUGCCUUGACUCUUUGCGUGUUAGCAGUCUGCCAUCAUGUACCAGUCAUAUAUACAAACAUGUAUUUUAUACUUUUUCUUUUUUUUUCUUUUGUUUCUCUUGUGCCAACAAGUCAUGCAUUUUGAUACAGAGCAGUAAUGGUUCGGGUGUUUACUCAUGCUGGACCGAGUAAGGCUGUUUUUGAUUACCAUGUUAGCUUUGUUUUGUUUUUUUUGUUUUGUUUUUUUUAUACCUGCUGUUUACUGUCACAUGUAGUGUAAUAAAAUAACUCGUGAGUUGACUUCUGUGCUGUGGCUUUA